GCGUCUCAAGAACUUCAUCUCUUGUGAACCGUACGGCUUUGUCUACCCAUCUUGCAUCCAUGGGUGCCUGACACGGCCACGUCUUUGUAUUGCUAUGUAAAUACUUUCUGUCUAUUUCUUUUCAUUCAGAGAAUAAUACUCUCUCAUGGCCCAGGAGGGAUGCAUUUUGCAAAUACUUCACUUCACUUCACCGUCCGAGUUUCAUCCACUAUCAGGCCAUUCUCGUAUCGACCGAUAGGCAGCUGUGCCAAUCGAUAUGAGCCCUGAGAACCUAGUAGCCCAGGAAGACAAUAAUGCGUCUCCUGUGCUUACGGAUCAAGAACAUGAAACACUCAAAUAUCAUCUCUUGGGUCCCUCCUUGACGAAAGCCGGCCAAGAUUCCGUUGAUCAACAAAAGGUCUCGGAGAUUAUAUAUAAUGCCUCCAAAGGCUCCAAAUUUUUCAACAAUGAGGAAGUCAAAGACAAGCAAUUAAGUCUUAAGAUCGAUCGGAUUCUCGAAAGGAAGAAACAACUUGAGAAACUGGACCUCACUUCAGACCUUCGGCGCGCAGACGAAUACAUAGCUGAGCUGGAGCUCAACCGAGACCUGUCACAGAUUGUCGUUCACAUUGACUGUGAUGCCUUUUAUGCAGCAGUCGAGGAGCUGGAUCAGCCGGAACUGAAACAUGUUCCCAUGGCGGUGGGGAAAGGCGUUCUCACUACCUGCAAUUAUCACGCUCGGAAAUUUGGCUGCAGAAGUGGCAUGGCGGGAUUUGUUGCCAUGAAGCUUUGCCCAAACCUCAUUUGUCUUCCUUUGAAUUUCGACAAGUACACCGCCAAGGCGAAAGAAGUCCGAGCAAUCCUUGAACAGUACGACCCGCGAUUCGAAAGUGCAAGUAUCGACGAGGCCUAUCUCAACAUUACAAAAUAUUGUCAUGAUCGUCAAAUGACUCCCGAGGAUGCUGUUGCUCAGUUGCGCCAGGAGGUGGCUUUGAAGACUCAGAUCACUGUUUCUGCGGGCAUUGCCGUUAAUGCCAAAAUAGCCAAAAUCGCUUCGAAUAAGAACAAACCAAACGGCCAAUUCAGGGUCCCAAGUGAUCGCACAAACAUUAUUGAAUUCAUGCGAGAUCUACCCACUCGAAAAGUAAACGGUGUGGGAAGAGUCUUUGAGCGCGAACUUGGGGCGAUAGGCGUCAAAACCUGCGGCGACAUUUACUCCCAGCGCGCCUACCUCCCCAAACUGUUUGGCGAUAAGGCUUUCCAAUUUCUCAUAAACUGUUAUCUCGGUUUAGGAAGAACUGAGAUAAGACCUGCUGAGGAAUACGAGCGCAAAAGUGUCGGUACAGAAAGCACUUUUCACGAUCUUCAAGGAAAGGAGGCUCUUCGGGAAAAGCUGCGCUCGACAGCCGAGGAGCUAGAAAAAGACUUGCUUCGCACGCAGGUCAAGGGCCGAACGUUGGUACUGAAAGUAAAAUUGCACACCUACGAAGUGUAUACAAGACAAGUUGUGCCCCCAAAGGCCAUCUUUCAAGCAAAUGAUCUAUACAACUACUCGCUCCCUAUGCUCGCCAAGCUCGAGAAGGAAUUUCCUGGACUCAAACUAAGACUAAUGGGACUUCGCGUCACGCACCUUGUCAGCACGAAAGCAAUGAAUCUUGACUUUUUUGGAAAAUGGGGAAAGAGACCGACUGAAUCCAAGGACACGUCAGACACACUGAGAGGAACGGUCAAAGAUGCUGAUGGGAGUGAGUGGGAGGUAUGGCCGGAGGAAGAAUUUGAGGCAGCUGCCACCAGGGAACGAGAAGAUGCUAUGGCUGAAAUGGCAAUUCUCAGCCAGGAACAUCUGGAUGAGGAGAAUGGAGGAGAAAUGAACAGCACAAGAGAAUCUGAAACUCCCUUUCAAGAAUCUGUGGAAGAUUCUUUGAACGAAAAAUUCUGGGAUUGCCCAAUCUGCACACUGCCGCAGAGAGCAGACGACAAAAUUUUCAACGAGCACAUCGACCACUGUCUAUCAAAGCAAACAAUUAAGGAGCUGGUGAAAGAUGGCGGCACAGCAGAGAACGCAACGCCAGAGUCUUCGUCAAAGCCCAAGGUUGGAAUUCGUGACCCAAACCUAUCUUCGAAUCUAAAGAGGCGACAAGGUCCACAAGUUUCUUCGGGUUCUGGGAAAAGGCGGCGUCCGUUUUUCCAAUGCUAAACCAUACUAAGGACAUCAUGCUUCGAAAUCAUCCCUGCUGAAGUAUCCUGUCAUGCCAUGGGGCCUUUGCAGUUGAGAGCACGUUUCGUAUUUACUUGUCUGAGGUGGUUGCAGAAUGACGCUGUCAUGUUGCGACAGGUGGCCUUAUCUCAAUUUGAUUGUAUUUAGGAUUUGCCCAGGUUGAUCCACACAUGGUUUCUUUCCCGUUCUGUUGAUACCCUAAAUGCAAUGUAUUUCUUUUAUCUCUCUUCUUUCACUUUGAUUUCUUUUGCUUAGACCCGAUGGGUCAUCGUGAGAAGGUGCAGUGCUUUACAUGUUGCCAAAUCUGAAAGUUGCAUAACGUUACGACUUGCUGAUUGAAGUGUGGAAAUAUGGGUAUCUGCCCCAGGCCGGUG